GAUCGUAACAAUUUUGGAGCAGUGCCCCAACAAAAGAAGCUGCAAGAGGAACUUUCAGACUUAUCAGCAAUGGAAGAUGCUUUCGAUGAGUUAAUCAAGGAUUGUGCUCAGCAGUUAUUUGAAUUAACAGAUGAUAAAGAAAAUGAAAGUCUGGCAUAUGUGACAUAUCAAGAUAUUCAUAGCAUUCAAGCCUUUCAUGAACAGAUUGUUAUUGCAGUUAAAGCUCCAGAGGAAACCAGGUUGGAUGUUCCAGCUCCCAAAGAAGACUCUAUCACGGUACACAUAAGGAGCACCAGAGGACCCAUUGAUGUGUAUUUGUGUGAAGUAGAGCAGAACCAUUCAAAUGGCAAAACAUCAGACAGGGUAGGGACCUCUUCAUCUAAAAGCAAACAUCCAGAACACCCAGAGAAAGGAGAAAAUCCUCCUCAGCAAAGUGAAGAUGUGCUUGAAGUGAACAACUGAUAGCAUUUGAGGAUUGAUGGAUUGAAAUUCUUUUCCUUUUCAUUUUGGAACCUCCUGUGUGGAUGAAUUAUACACUAAUUUGAAUUUCAGAGCAAUAAGUCAUCCAGGAAGUGCUCUCAUUAUCAGUCAGUAGCAGCAUUGAGGCC